AUGGGUUCCGGCACAAUGUGUGCACUCGUAUAUGAUAAUAACCAGGUCAUUCAUUGCAGGUGUCCACUGCUCGUCAUCUGUGAAGAUCUUGAGUCCGUUGGUCACCACGGGCACCUGGCCAAAGGUCGCCCGCGCAAUCUGUGUGGCCUGGGCCACAAUACACUGGAAGAUCAUGCCAGCAUGGUGGAAAACCUCCACCCAGAACGGAUCGUGAGCAAGGUUUGGGUCGCAAGUCUGAUAAUCAAGGAAGAAGAGGAAGAAGAGGAAGAAGAGGAAGAAGAGGAAGAAGAGGAAGAAGAGGAAGAAGAGGAAGAAGAGGAAGAAGAGGAAGAAGAGGAANAGAGGAAGAAGAGGAAGAAGAGGAAGAAGAGGAAGAAGAGGAAGAAGAGGAAGAAGAGGAAGAAGAGGAAGAAGAGGAAGAAGAGGAAGAAGAGGGAGAGAACAAGAGAAAGAACAAAAGGCCUUACCUGA